AUGCUCGUAAAGUCUAUCGCCGCUCUCGCGGCUCUCACGUUCGCCGCCAAUGUCGCCGCCGAGCCGAUGCCCUAUAAGCCAACCAUGAUGAAGGCCUCCGCCCGCUCUCUGUUCGGACUGAUGCGUCGCGACGACCACUCGGGAUACCAACCGGAGCAGACGAUGUGUGGCGAUGGCAACACGUGCGCGGAGGCAUGCGGUGCUGGUUACGAGACUUGCAGCUCCGUCGAUAGCCAGAUCCACUGCUUCAACCCCGCCGCCGGCGAGCUUUGCUGCCCUGACAAGUCCGGCAACACUUGCGAGGCUGGCUACUACUGCGCCGCCGAUGUCGGGAAGGAGACUUGGUGCUGCCCCGAAGGGAUGGACCUGGCUGCGUGCGCUGCCGCCUACAGUGUGACCAGCGGUCUGGUUUCGCAGACCCCUCCUCCCGCUACCUCUACCUCUACUUCGACCUCGAAGUCGAGCUCUAAGACGACCUCGACUAAGACGAAGCACUCCAGCACGACGUCCACCACCUCCACUUCUACCAAGCACACUAGCACCAGCGCAUCCACUACUUCCUUCUCGUCGUCUAGCAUCUCGCUUUUGCCUAGCUCGAGCAUCAUCCCUGCCAACACGACGGCCGUCUCGUCUGUCCAAAUCCCGCAGCCCACUGAGAGCCACCCUACGGAGGGUGCUGGCAACAACCUUGCCAUCCCCGCGAGCGCUCUCGUCCUCCUGGCCGCUGGUUUUGCUGCCCUUCUCUGA